UGUUCCGCACUUACAGUAAUACAGCAUUGCAGCUCGAGUGUUCAAGACGACUCGCUCCACAAGUAUAUAACGGUCGGGCCGAGGGACGGCGAUUAGCCUCUCUUCACUGUCGGGGCUCCUUGGAACUGCACAGCUCCAACAUGAUGAAGAUCGUGGCCCUCUUGUUGGUGGGCCUGGUGGCCCUCUCCGCCGCCCUGGAGAAGCCCCACUUCCUCUCCGACACUGCCAUCCACCGCAUCAACUCCCUCAACACCACCUGGACGGCCGGCCGCAACUUCGGCCCCCACGUGACCACGGAGUACAUCAAGAAACUCCUCGGUGUCCGCCCCGACGCAGGCAACCAGCGCCUCCCGGACGUCGCCCCCCACCUCGCGAUCGCCGACGAGGACAUCCCCGCCGAAUUCGACGCCCGCACGGCGUGGCCCGAGUGCAAGACCAUCUCUGAGGUCCGCGACCAGGGCGGCUGUGGCUCUUGCUGGGCUCUCGCUGCCGUCACCGCUAUGUCCGACCGUGUCUGCGUCGCCUCCAAUGGCAAAACUCAAGUGAGCCUCUCUGCCGAGGACUUGGUAUCCUGCUGCCGCAUCUGCGGUAUGGGCUGCAAUGGUGGUUACCCCGCCAUGGCCUGGCAGUACUUCAAGCACUGGGGUCUCGUCUCCGGUGGCUACCUGCCCGACAAAUCCGAGGGCUGCCUGGACUACUCCGUCCUGCCCUGCGAACACCACACCGCCGGCCCCCGCGGCACCUGCGACGAAGGCCCCACCCCCAAGUGCACCAGGAAGUGCAGCGCUGCGUCUGGCCUCACCUACAAGAAGAGCCUGUACUACGCCAAGAGCGCGUACUCCGUCAGCUCCGACCCCAAGGCCAUCCAGAAGGAGAUCAUGACUAACGGACCCGUCGAGGUUGCCUUCAGCGUCUACGACGACUUCCCCAAUUACAAGGACGGUGUGUACACCAAGACCAGCAACACCUUCCUGGGUGGUCAUGCAGUCAGGGCUAUUGGCUGGGGCGAGGAGAAUGGCACACCCUACUGGCUCAUCGCCAACUCCUGGAACACCGACUGGGGUAAAGAUGGUCUGUUCAAGAUCAGGAGGGGCACCAACGAGUGCGGCAUUGAGGGCCAAGUCGUCGCGGGCAUCCCCAAGGUCUAAGCAAGGGUCUAAGCUCUACCUGAACCGUUCAAAGAUUAUUGUAAAUUGUUUUCACGAAUAAAUUGCACAUAAUCAUA